GGGCACCUGGGUCGCAGUGCCUUCGCCGGCGGUGCUCGGAGGCGGACGCCAUGGAUCUUCUCGGCUCGCUCAAGUCCUACUUCACCACCAAGUAUGUCAUCACCGACAACCUCAUGUGUCGCAUGCACCACAAGGCGUCCGUGGGGGUGCUGCUGGCCUUCAGCAUACUCGUGACUGGCAAGCAGUACGUGGGCGAUCCGAUCGACUGCAUCAGCAAGGACGCGGUUCCCGGGAACUUGUUAGACACAUACUGCUGGAUACACAAAACCUUCAGUGUGGCCACAGCGUGGCACGGCAAACUGGGCGACGAUGUGGCCUACCCGGGAGUGGCUCCUCACACCGAAGGCGAUCCCAAAGUGUACCACGGCUACUACCAGUGGGUAUGCUUCGUGCUCAUGCUGCAGGCGCUCUUCUUCUACGUUCCCCGCUACCUCUGGAAGACCAUCGAGGGUCGUCGCAUCCAGAGCCUCACGGAGCAGCUAUCGUCUCCCAUGCAAGACAGAGCGACCCUGGAGAAAGCCCGUGGCAUGGUCGUCGACUACCUGGUCGCCAACAGGGGCUACCACGGGGGCUACUUCUUCGGGUUCGUGUUCACCGAGAUGCUCUACUUCGUCAACGUAGUGGCACAGAUAUUCGUCAUGGACAGGUUUCUGGGUGGAGAGUUUUCCACCUACGGAGCGCGCGUCCUCGAGUUCACCGAAUGGCACUGGGAGGCCCGCUACGACCCGAUGAUCAAGGUGUUCCCGCGAAUGACCAAGUGUACCUUUCACAUGUUCGGUACCUCCGGAGACCUGCAGAAGCACGACGCGGUCUGCGUGCUCCCCAUCAACAUCAUCAACGAGAAAAUCUACGUCUUCCUCUGGUUCUGGUUCGUCAUACUGACCAUCAUUACGGGCCUCUUUCUAAUCUACAGGAUGGUCGUUAUCGUGUCCAGCUCCGUGCGCUUCCACAUCAUGUACAGUCGAAAUCGCAACGUCGACUCGGAGAACCUUCGAGAAAUCGUGCAGACCAUUAGCACCGCCGACUGGUUCAUCUUCUACCAGAUCAGCAAGAACGUCGAACCGGGCCACAUGAAAGAAUUCGUCGAUGAAUAUGCUCAGGAUCUGGACGUCGGCUCCAAGGAGAGCAGACAGAAGCUUAAGGCCAACCAGUGAAAAAUUUUGACAGUUGUGAUGUCGCUCAAUACUGCCCAAAAACGAUACAGCCGGGAGUGUUCCAUCUUAAUUUCUUUUUCAGCGUGACGUCGGUGAGAGAUGAAUCGUUAAGUGAAUGAGUGUGUCACCACAGAAAGGCGUGCUAUGCGUUGUUACGCACAGUGUACCUGAAUUUAGUCGUCCUCAACAAUUUGUCACCAGGCCGCGCUUACAAAAGCGUAUGUGGUCGACGGUAAAGGCUGUUCCCGACGCUGCUCCCAUGCUGUUCUCAACGGACACUUCUUAUUGCCUUCUUUGGAGUAUUGUAAGAUUUGUUUGUAGAGCUUGUGGCUGCGGAUGUUUUACAUUUGUUGGUGGCACCGGAUAGAUUAAUGACAGUUACUGGUACUAAGAAGAACGCUAGUAUAUUUUAAACGAUCUUAAAGCGGUGUGUCUGAAAGAAAAACAAACAGUUUCGAUGGAGUACGGUGUGACAAUAUCACGGGCCAGAGUGAACAGCUAGAGAGGUGAGGACUAAAGCAUUGUAUCCCCGAACGCAGCUUCUUCACAUGAUAGUAUCAUUUACAGUUCCUGCAACGAACCUUAGUUAUCUUGGUUAGUGCAGUAAGAAAGAGUCGUGCGAAAAUUGCCAACUAUAACGGAAAAUUUUCGCCUUGCAUAUCAGCAACAAUGGUAUUCCGAGUAAUUAGUGUCAUGGCCGGCUAGUUUUGUCUAGUAAUCGGUGAGGUUGUUCGAAGUACCAUCUCGAGACCUUUCCGGCUAGGCGAGGUCCAGUGAAGCUAUCGUAGCCGCCGACAUGCCGAGCGUUAUCGACGAGCAUUUGUCAUCGAAGAGCUCUAUCUUUCGUCCCGGAGUGACCGCACUCACUGAAGGGCUUUUGAAGGACACAUGUCGCUGUCACUAGGAUAUGCCCCCACCACGAGAUGGCAGCACCAAACACAGGUAUGCGCUGCAGUGAAACGCAGCGCGCGGAGCACGUACGUAUUUCCAUCUGUUGAAUUGUGAGUGUGCUCUUGCACAAUUGUUAUUUGUCCUAAUCGCAAGCGCUUUGCUGCGUAUUAUUCGUAAUUGGCGACAUCAUUCUACUCUGAGCUAAUCAGAGUCUGUUUGUUUGUGAAAUUACGUAGAAACGCUGCACCGCGGCGCGAACUUUGUAUGAAACAAAGAGUUGCGAGUCUAUGUUAUGUGAGCAGAACAAAAGCAUGCCAUAUACCACCAAUAGAUUGCGUAGAAAUUGUUUAAAACUUUAAUUACCUUGCGUGAUUUCAAGCACGAGCUUCUGAGGCAUAAACCGAGGCUACCAGUAGAUAUGUUUUUGAUCAUUCUUCUUUUUUUCUUGGGGGGGGGGGGGGGGGGGACCGGAAAAGGAAGGGUAUAAAGACGAUGACACACAUAGCUAUAGCACUGGCUUCAGACGCCAUUUCAACAAUAUAAUAUAAGCAAAUCUGAAAAGGAUAACUUAUAGACGCACGCAUUGCUCAUAUGACUUAGGAGCGUGCUAGCAACAGCUGUUUGACAGUGACAAAGAGUACAUGGUGGCAUGCUUUACAGCACUUAAAUAGAAUUACAAGCAAGAAGUGAUCGCCUCUGCCAACAUUCUAAAUUACGUUGUUAAAAGGCAAAAUGGAAGCAUAAUGCAACGUUCUUCUCAAUCACUCUGCACUUUCACUUUUCCUUUAUAUAUAACCAACGUGCCCGAGCGAUCAAGCAUUUUAACUGGCCGCGAAUAAGUGACUGUAGAUGGAUCUCAGUCAAUCCCAUGCGAUGUAACAGACAUGAUUAAAAUACAUGAUUAACAGACA